AUUAUCAUCGUCGUCGUCGUCGCCGAAGGAUCGCCUCGGCGGAAUUACGUUAUGCGCGCGCGCGCGACAACAACACUGCCGCGAGUCCACAACCGCUCCGAACGGCGAACAUCGAUGUCUCAACUGUCCAACUGUCCAAGCAGUUUUACCUCCAACACUGUGGCUUCACYAAACGCCGUGUCGCUGUCAGUCCGCCGUAGCAGUUCGUAGACGGUAGGUACACCGUAGUGCCGUACUAUAGUACGAACUACACGGUUAAUCGUUAACCGUUCGUCGCCCGCGCAGCUUUGAGCUCACGUCGCCGUCCUCCCCUCCCGCCCCAUCGUUUGCUGCGGUCCGUGCCGUCUACGCGAUCUACAGGCAAGAUUUCGUCAGCUGUUAUCGUUAGCGGUUUCCGGGGUGUUUGCCGUACCCACUGCACACUGCGAGUAGCGACCGCUCGCGUUCUCCGUUUUCACACCGUGUCGUUAUUUCGUCGCGAAAACGGAGGUCCCAAAUAACAACGAUGACGGCCACGGAGGGACGGCGGCGCGACAAAAUGCCAACGGAACAACGGCACCGCUCGCGGACGACGACUCCGUGCGGCCACCGGACGCGACUGAAAUGCAACGAGACCCGUCGGCGGAGGCGGCAGACAUUGAAAUGGAUUAUGUAACAUCAAACGCCAAUACUGUUUAUGGGUUGGACCAUGUGACAAACAUCAUGAAAUUCCAUAGCGCAUACCUCGAUACAUUUCUUAGUCUUCAAGAAUUUAUAAUUUAUGGGGAAGGUCCAUUGCCUAUUCAAUAUCGUCACUACAUCGCAAUUAUGACGUAGACAACACAUGGGUGUAUCAUGUCCUCAUAAUACAUAGUUGUUAUGUCAGUUCACUGACUAACUAUUACUUACUAUGAUAACUUAAUUAUAAUUAAAUCAUUAAAUUAUUAUUUUUAUAUUUAUAAUAAUUUAAUGCUGUCUUUAGUAUACAAAAUAACUUACAUUUAUUUAUUUAUUUUUUAAUAGAAAGUCGUCAAAGGUCCAAACUCGUGGUCAAUGUCAGAUUUGGGACAUGCUAUUGUACUACUUGUUCAUUUUCAUAGUUUGUGUAGCUUUGUAUUUGCUUGCAAUUUAAAUGAUGAAAUACCACGAGCUCUAAAAGUGACUGGUAUYUAUUUUAGACGAAGAAGCAAGCCAUGCUUAAGAGGUUAUGCGGACGAAAGCGUUAUAUAUGAUGAUGAUGGUCUUGAACCAAUAGUGGAGCGGAUGAAAAAACUAAGUGAGCCAGCCUCAGAACAAGAACGUAUACAGCGAUAUGAACUGGUUCAGAGUCAAUUGUGUGACAGUGAUACUUCUGCUGAUAAUGGUUUGGAUCCAGAUGUAAAACCUUUUGUUGAAGAUUCUGGAUAUUCUUACUUAGAUUGCUCACGUCGACAAUUUGCUCAACAAUCUUCAUUUAUUUUGCAGGAAUUUUCCUGGGAUCAUCAUGGUUAUUCGUUAAUUAACCGUUUAUUUAAUGACAUUGGAUUAUUAUUGGAUAAAAAGUUCAAGACUGCUUAUAACAUGACAUACUAUACAAUGGGUGGUCGCCCUCACAUUGAUACUUCAAGAUUCCGUAGAGCAAUUUGGAAUUAUAUUUAUUGUAUUUACGGAAUGAGAAAUGAUGAUUAUGAUUAUGAAGAUGUUACACAGUUGCUUCGAUGCCAAUUGAGAGUAUUUGUCAAGACUGCUACUUGUUACCCAGAACGUUUGAACAAAACAACCAUUGAAAAUGCACUAAAACAUUUUGAAUUAAGUGAAAAGAUUCACAUAAAUUUAAUGAUUAUGGAAGCACGAAUGCAGGCUGAACUUUUAUUUGCAUUGCGUGCUGUCAUGAAUUACAUGAUGCAGUAACCAUUUAUAUAUAUUUUUUAUAACAUGUUAUUCAAUAUUUUUUGUUAUAAUUUUUCAGCAUGUAUACAAUUUUGGUUAUACGAUUUAUACUUAAAGAGAAACCAUGAUUUGUUCUCAUAUAUUUCUUUGCUUGACUUUUGUAUUGGCUUAAUUUAAUCUAUUUAUUUAAAUCCACAAUAUUUGCAGAAAUUUUCUAUAUUAUCAUUGUU